CCCGGCCGCCGCGCGCCCUUUGAAUUUCCCAGAGGCUGCAGGCAGAACGGUGCGAGACUCAUCGGACGCUGGACCUCAGGCAGAUCAGCUCCAGCAGAGAGUCGCCCAGAUCUAGCACCUGCCUCUUGAUGUCGUGCCUGGAGCGGCUCCGUUUGGGCCCCCAGCGCCUCCUGCGGGGCGGAAACUGGCGUCUCCAGGGUCGGGCCGGCGGAACCACUGCCAACACGCCCGUCAAGUGCGCAAACGUCCUCACCCCAGACAGCAUUCCUGAGUUCUGCAUACCCCCGAGACUCGCUCCCUGCCCCGCCCUGGCUGCAGUCCGAAACUCCUGGGUGAAAAUAGCAGGGACGGACGACGGCGCCGGGCACACGGACUGGGACCCGCGCUCGCAGGCCGCGCUCUCGCUGCCUCACCUGCCCCGCACCCGCUCUGCCUACGGCUUCUGCGCGUUGCUGGAGAGCCCGCACACCCGCCGCAAGGAGUCGCUCUUCCUUGGGGACCCGGGAGCCGGAGUGCUCCUGCUGCUGCCCGCCGCCCCUCCCGCGCCCCGCCCCCGGGCCCACACCCACCACUGCAGCGGAGGAGGAGACGCCCCCCUCCAGCCCUGUGGUCGAGCCCCAGACACCACCCGUGCGGCUCCCGGCUGUCCCCGCCCGUCCCGUAGUACGCGUGCUCGACGUCCACUUGGCCACCGCCUCCUGCGCGCCUCCGAAAGAGUGCUCAACAGUGCGCUGAAGACCUCGAGGAGUCACGAGCAGGCCUGCGUCUGCUCUUUGUCCAGGGGGCACGAGGCUGAGAAUAAGAAGCGCGGCGCCGACUCGGGGUCGCCGGCCUGGACCCUCUCCGAGGCCCCUCCAUUGUCUCCCAGCCCGCGGUCGGAGCUCCUAGAAGCCGAGGGCACCGUGGCUCUGGGUCGUGCUGGCAGCGCUCUGAGCCUGGCUGCCGAGUACAGUCCGGCCAGCGGGCGCCUCCGCCUCCGCCUGCUCGGACCAGUGGGCCCGGCAGGAGGAGCCGCCGAGCCCCGCGCCGUAGCUGUCGGCUGCCGCGUCAGCCUGGUCCUGCAGCCACCCGGCAGGACUCGCCAGCAGCGCAACUCCUUGAGGCGCGGAAGCCGCAAGGCCGUCUUCGCCUAGGACUUCUGCUUCAAGGGACUCUCGGAGAAUUGCGCCGUCUGGCGGUGUGUGCGAAGGCUGAGAAGAAGGGCAGUGGCCAGGGCGAGUUGCUGCUGGGCUCCCUCCUGCUGCCCUGAGGGCGCCCAGGCCUGAGGCCCUGCCCGCAGGGUGCUUUCUGCCUGCUGGGUACUCUCGGACACUGACAGCCGCUUUUUUCAAAAUAAAUGUCAUUUAUUCUUCUACGGAAGCCUUCAAGUGUAAUAUAGGCCGAGAUUAUACUGCAUUAAUUAUCACUGAAAAGGAUGUUACAUUUUGUGUAGAUACAUUCAGAAUUCUUUUUAACAAAUGGUAUGGUGUUCUGCAGUAGGGUUUUUAAAUGCAGAUAGCUGAUUAAUUGCAUUUCAUUUGUUCCCUACAGUCAUAUUGGGAGAUACAUGAGAUCUUAAAACCAGAGGGUUUCUUGAUGGUCUGCUUCGAUCUCUUCCCUAUGCCAUUUGCUCAUUCCACAACAUCCCCUGAAACCAUCUUAGAGAACUUACUAAUUUUGAAGCAUUGUUUAAGACCCUAGAUAAGAACUUGAGGCCAAGAGAGGUGAAGUGACUUCUCCAAGUUCAACAGAGAAUUAGUUGGAAUUCUAAGCUGAUACUCUUAGCAACAUCGUGUUAGAACAGCAUUGGAGGAAUUAAAACCAUUUUCGUAUUCUAAGCUUAAAUAACAUAAUAGUUUACAAGUGUUAGCUUGUAAUUCUUAAAAGCCCCCUUAAGAAUUAGGCAUUGCAAAAAAAAAAAAAAAAAAGAAGAAGAAGUAAGAAGUAGGCAUGACAAUCUUCUAGGAUGAGGGAUUGAGGCACCAAAUGAACAGCAGAGUCAGGAUCUGCACCUGCUCAAUCAGUAUUGUACUGGUCGCUGUCUGUAAGUAAUACUGCAGUGUCUCAAGGGCUCACCUCACUAGUGUUGUGAGAAUGCAGCUUAUAUCUAACAUUGCGAAUGCUCAUGUUGGGGUCUCCUCGCAUUCCUCACCCUCCGAUAUACAAGCAAGUCAGUCAAAUGAGUAAUUCAUCUCAUGAUAAUGACUUCACACAUUGAGAUGAGCUGAGUCUAAUAUUCUGAAGAGAAAACUACUUGGCCUCCAAAGGGAAAAGGGUGCAGUCUUAUUGGCACCACGUAUGCUAACAUGUCAGGGCAAGAAGUCAAGAGUGUACCCACAACAGUGUUCUACUUCUGGCUUUUGAUAAUAAUAAUAGGUUUAGUUUGUUUUGAAGGAUGAUUUUCCUUCACAUUCACUGCCAGACAGGCAUAUUUUUUCCUUUCUUAGGCAUAUAGGAGGAAAAAUGUCCUAAGUAAAAUAUUUAAAUGUGUGGUGUGGUGUUAAAUAUAUGGUGUAUGACUACAUUAUCAGACUUGGUGCAGAAAUAGUUUCUGCUUUCAUUAAACUGUUUACAGUUUUAUCCAUUGGUGCUCGUGAAAAAUGCUAUUUAGAGAAUAUCCAUUGUAGUCACAACUCAGGUACAGACUGACAAUGGGUUAUUGUGCUGGGUAUCACAAUACAUGUGAAGAGUAACUGUGAAUUCGUUGACCGUCAAAAUCAGCCACAUCCAGAAGCUAGGAGGGGUUGACCAAAUGAGUGGUGGCAUAGCAGCUGUUGAGACCUGUCACAUGCUCCUCUGUCCGCGAAGUCACCAUUUUCAGGGGUCUUCAAGGCAACAAUUAUUUUUUAAAAUCAUUAACCUUCCUGAUUUUAGAACUUUAGUUGAGUAAGUAAUACUGACUCCACACAUAUAAUACUUUAAAAGGGAGAUAAAUGGAGAGUGAAAACCACUUGGCUAUAUAUAAGAUGAUUCUUAGGUUUUAUUUUUCUGCAAAUAAGAUACUUUGGUGGCUUAAUUAGUAAAAUCAUACUUCAGAAAACAUUACAAUCACUAUUGUCACUAGAUUACAUACAAAUAAUACUUUGGGGACAGAAGUGUGGUGUCAUUAAGAAGGUAAAUCAGUGCAUUUCAGGGACCUAAAUUUUCCAUGAAAUAACAGUGGGUAUUUCCAAACAGAUUUCCGCUUACAUCAUCAAGUUAUGGUUGGUCAAAUAAUGUAAAAGCCUAAACAAUGUAAUUAAAAAAUGACUAAAAUAGAAUCAUAAACAAUAAAACAGUGGAAUUUUAAAGUGGAAAAAAACAGUAAGAAUCAUUCUGUGCAAAUCUAUGCACCAAAGAAAAGGGCCAGAGAUGCAAAUUGUACCUCAAAUCACAAUUAGUAAAAGAGCUGGGACUCUAACCAAUUCUAUUUUCAUUUUGCUUUUCAAUCUUGGAUCACUAGUUUCAUAAUAAAAGGAGAAACAUUUGUACAUACAUUA